AGCCCUCCGAGUCUCGACGCUCCCAGACUCCUCCCGCAGCUGCCCCAGGACGCCGCCUCCUCGCUUCCCCGCUCAAUGCGCUUGCGCGAGUCCUCCGCGUCCUUGUGGUCGCCGCCCUGCACGGCGGGCCGAGGAGUGGGCCAGGCAAGAUGCAGAACUGGAGGCGGAUGUGCUGCGCUCUCGGCCAGAGAAGUCAUUUUAGCCGGAUCCGUGGCUUACAAGGUAUUUCUGUAUUGCCUGUAAGGACUUACGCUGAUCAAGUAGAUGCUGAUAUUACAGUUAUUGGAUCUGGUCCUGGGGGUUACGUUGCUGCUAUAAAAGCUGCUCAACUUGGCUUUCAGACUGUUUGUGUGGAGAAAAAUGAGACCUUAGGUGGAACCUGCUUGAAUGUUGGAUGUAUACCUUCCAAGGCCUUACUGAACAAUUCACACCUUUAUCAUUUGGCCCAUGGCAAAGACUUUGCUAAUAGAGGAAUUGAAAUUACAGGGCUCCGGCUGAAUUUAGAGAAGAUGAUGGAACAGAAAAGCGGUGCAGUGAAGGCUUUAACAGGUGGAAUUGCUCAUUUGUUUAAACAGAAUAAGGUGACACAUGUGUCCGGUUUUGGAAAAAUAACGGGGAAAAAUCAGGUCACAGCAACUAAAGAUGACGGCAGCAGUCAGGUUAUUAACACGAAGAAUAUUCUUAUUGCUACAGGCUCAGAAGUCACACCUUUCCCUGGAGUUACGAUCGACGAGGACACAAUUGUAUCGUCUACUGGUGCAUUAUCUUUAAAACAAGUCCCUGAAAAAAUGGUGGUCAUUGGUGCAGGUGUCAUUGGUGUGGAACUAGGCUCGGUGUGGCAGCGUCUAGGUGCUGAUGUAACAGCUGUGGAGUUCCUUGGCCAUGUUGGUGGUUUGGGCAUUGAUAUGGAGAUCUCGAAGAACUUCCAGCGAAUUUUACAGAAACAAGGGCUUAAAUUUAAACUCAAUACCAAAGUUACUGGUGCAACCAAGAAACCAGAUGGAAAGAUUGACGUUUCGAUUGAAGCUGCUGCUGGAGGCAAAGCGGAAGUGGUCACUUGUGACGUUCUCCUAGUGUGUAUUGGCCGACGCCCUUUCGCUAAGAACCUUGGCCUGGAGGAAGUGGGUAUUGAACUAGAUAACAGGGGCAGAAUCCCAAUCAACAACAGAUUCCAAACCAAAAUCCCCAACAUCUACGCUAUUGGCGAUGUAGUGGCUGGACCUAUGCUUGCUCACAAAGCUGAAGAUGAAGGGAUUCUGUGCGUUGAGGGAAUGGCUGGCGGUGCCGUUCACAUUGACUACAACUGUGUGCCCUCAGUGAUUUAUACACACCCUGAGGUUGCUUGGGUUGGAAAAUCAGAAGAACAGCUGAAAGAGGAGGGGACAGAAUACAAGGUUGGAAAAUUUCCAUUUGCAGCAAACAGCAGAGCCAAGACCAACGCAGACACAGAUGGCUUGGUCAAGAUACUAAGUCACAAGUCCACGGACAGGAUGCUGGGAGCUCAUAUUCUAGGCGCGGGUGCUGGAGAAAUGGUGAACGAAGCUGCGCUCGCAAUGGAAUAUGGAGCAUCGUGUGAAGAUGUCGCUAGAGUCUGUCAUGCCCAUCCGACUGUAUCGGAAGCAUUCCGGGAAGCCAAUCUGGCCGCAUCGUUUGGCAAGGCUAUCAACUUCUGAAGGGAAAGGAAAUCCCUCAUGUAUAAAGCACAUAUUUUUUUGGUGAAAAUGGACGGAUAUCGCUGUGGAACGUUGAGACUGUUGAAUACUUCUAGAACUGAAUUAAGUGAACUUUUUGUUUAAAACAUGGCAUCUUCAAACAAAUGAGGUUGGGAAAUAAUGAUUUCACCCAGCGGCUGUGUAUACAGCACGUUUGUAUUGUUAGCUAUAUAUUAUGUUCUGCCGAGGACAGACGACAGCCAAGGCAUCUUAAGGUUGUGGGCCACCAAAAGGUUCCAUCAUGUAUUUGGGUAAAAUAUACUGGCUGAUAUUCUC